AUCAAGCACCUAGGCAUGCAGACUGCUUCUAAAAAUAUUUGUGAAAGAAUUGGUCGCUCUCAGCUCAGUGAAUUCAAAAGUGAUACAGUGAUAGGUUGUCACCUAUGCAAUACGUCCAUCCAUGAAAUUUCCUUGCUACUAAAUAUUCCACGGUCAACUGUUAGUGGAAUUAAAACAAAGUGGAAGCAACUGGGAACAACAGCAACUCAGUCACAAAGUGGUAGGCCACAUAAAAUGAGAGAGGAGUCAGCACAUGCUGGAGCGCAAAGUGUGCAAAAGUCCCCAACUGUCUUCAGAGUCAAUAGCUAAAGACCUCCAAACUUUUUGUGUGGUCUUCUGAUUAUCACAAUAACAGUGCAUAGAAAGCUUCAUGGAGUGGGUUUCCAUGGCCGAGCAGCUGCAUCCAAACCUUACAUCACCAACUGCAAUGCAAAACAUUGGACACAAUGGUGUAAAGCACGCCGCCACUGGUCUCUAGAGCAGUACUUGUCUGACUGCAUUGUGCCAAGUGUAAUGGUU